UUUAUGGGUCCUUUAAAUUUUUGCAGAGGGAACAGACAGUUUCUCUCUCAUUUGGAAAUUAUGUAAUUGGAGUCCCCUGUGUUAUUUUCAGAAAGGGACCAGGUGUCAGGCCCACUGCAGACCUGCUGAAGCAUUAUGCCAGGCAUCGAGAGUGCCAUCGGAGAGCCGCCUCGGACUGCGCUGUGUCUCUGGAUGGUAUGCCCUCAGAGAUCUUACUGAAGAUAUUUUCUUAUUUGGAUGCCGUGAACCUGUUGUGCAUUGGAUGUGUGAACAGGCGCUUUUAUCACCUGGCCAGUGACAAUUUUAUUUGGGUCAGAAUCUACUCCACUGCUUUUUCCCCUAAACGAUCUAAUUGGAAGGUUAAUUCAGUAGAGAAGACAGCUGUGUCUGUGAAUCUCCUGUCACUCGAGGAUAAAGAAGCUGGAUAUUGGAAGAAGGAAUACAUUGCAAAACAGAUUGCCUCUGUGAAGGCCACGGUGGCCCAGCUUCUCCAGCCUGUGAACCCUUACACUGGCCUUCCGGUUAAGAUCAAGGAGGCGCUCAGAGUAUCUGGUUUAGGUUGGGUAAUUAUACUGAGAGACAAAAGUGGAAAAGAAUAUCUCACGGAGCGUGUUCACCUUUCUGUAAAUGACACGUCAGUUUCUGUUGUGUGGUAUGGCAAAAACUGGCCAUGUCUGGCCACGUUGUCAACCUUAGAUUUGUGUGGCGUGACACCAGUUUUUAUGGACCGGUAUAAAUCCCCCACCAAAAACGGGGAUGUGCGUAGACCUAGGUGGCGUUCUUUAAUUGCAAAGUACAGCCUGAGCGACCUGAGUGAGAGUACCCUGAUGGGCUGUGAUGGGCUUAUCCGGGUCUUCGGCCUGAGCCCUGGCCUCCUGGUGGGGCUCUGGAAGAGGGAGGAAGAGUUGGCUUUUGUUAUGGCAAAUCUUCAUCUCCAUCAGCUUAUGGAGAGGAGCAUCUUAGGCUCGGCUACUAUCCCGUAUGACCUGCCUCCUCAUAGCCCCUUUUUGGAUGACGCCCCAGAGUAUGGCUUGCAUGGCUACCAACUCCAUGUGGAUUUGCACAGUGGAGGAAUUUCCUACCUGUGUGGCACGUUUCGCAAUCUCUUUUCCAAGAAAGGAUACAUUGAAAAUGGAUACAUGAAGCUCGUUGUGAUAAAUUUUAACAACAACACCCAGCACGUACCUCUUAUUGGAAAAGUUGGCCUCUCUUGGAGAACUAAUAUUUUUGAGGGCCGUAUAGAGAGCUGUUCUAUAAUGGACGUGACUCUUUUGGAUGACUCUGGAAAGCCCUUCUGGUGUUUCAGUUCUCCAGUUUGCAUGAGACUGUCUACCAGCCCCUGUGACACUUGUGAUUUCUUGGGGCAGAGAUACUGCAUUGACUACGUGGACUCUGAAGGCAGAGUGCACGUGGACUUGGUGUGGAUUGAAGAGACCGAGGAAUACUUCGUUGUCAACCUGGCCCUUUACCUCAGUGUAGUGAAAAUAAACCACUGGUUUGGAACAGAGUACUAAAUAUUAGCAGUAGAUGGCAAAUGAUUGUGAUUAUUUUCUGUUCAUUUUUGACUAGCUGGUUUUGUUUUGGUGUUGGAAGUUAAAAUAAAGCAUA